AUGUUGGGAAUACCACAUUCAGUUAAUGAGAACCUGCUUGACCUGGUAAUAAGCAUUGGUUCGAAAGUAAAUUAUCAUAUAACAAAGCAACAGCUUAACUUUGUAGCCCGCACUCCAUCUCGAGACUCGAACAGCACGAAGUCCAUAAUUGCGAGUUUCAAUAAUAGAUAUGUCAAGGAGGACUUUGUGGCUGCUGUCAGAACCUUCAACAAAGAUAUCUUGGGUUUACGUGGGUCAAGCAAAAUUUAUGUGAAUUACCACCUUACUUCAAAUAACAAAUCUUUUUUAAACACAGCAAAAAAAAACCGCAAAAGAGAUGGACUGAAAUUUGUUUGGGUCAAACAUUGCAAGAUACUGGCUAGAAGAAAAUAUAAAAAAAAAAUGUUAAACACUUGCAAUACAAGGCCAAAAUUUUGCUGCCUGACUAGAGCCCGAUGUAAAAAUUUUCACAUGUAA